AUGCCAACAGCCAGAAUGCCACUAACAACUCAAUCUAAUCGAGCAGGCUCAACUGAUACAGAAUCCCUGACUCUCCACGCCGAGUACCUCCCCAACAUCCGCCAAGUCAGCCUCCAGAUAUCUGCCGCCGGUGCUCUUUAUGCCUAUCCAGAGAUAUCCCUUUCCGAGUCUCGUCGCGCCGUGACGGUAUCGCUUACCCUUCCGGAAUCGCAAGAAGCUGUGAUGGAGACGAUUAAAUUGCCCGCCAAAGUUACGGAGGGGUCAAGGCGUCUUUUGAGCAACGCGACGCAAAGUGCUGGCCAGGGCAAGGGUACUAUUACAGGAACCGAGAGGGAAUUCUCCUAUCGAAUGCAGGUCGAUGAUACGGAAUUUGUGGUGCGUGAUGCAGUGGAAGAGCAUAUGGAUAGUUUUGUUCCCUGGUCCGCAGGGGAUAUGCUCCCGACUACCAAGUUACGGUGUGUAAAGUGUGAGCAGGUCAUUCUUGACAAGCCAAGCAAUACCGCUGCCCCGACUCUAUCAGAUGAGAAUAGUACGUCGCAUGCGGGAUGGCUGUGGAAAGAUCUGCCUAGCGGGAACUGGGCUGAGAUGAUGGAUUUCUGGCAUUGCCAUAAACCGGACCCUCAUGAGGGGCAGGAUGCGGACGGCGCAGCUAAACAGACGAUUGAAGAUGAAAAUUCCAAGGUUAAGGGAUAUGGUGCAUCGAACCAGGUUCUGGCUACGCCGGGCACGGUACUUGUGGAUGUGGCUACUUUCCUUGUCGCCGCUAUAGAGUGUAAGGGUUUGAAAAAGGUGAGCAAGGGUCAUCCCAAAUCUAUCAAUGUCCCUUUGUCUGAACAAGAGCUGCAAUGUGAAAACUGUGGCACACUUAUAGGUGUGGAAGAUACGAUUGCCAGAGGGUGGAGGCUCUUCAAGGCAAGUCUUGCAGCUGAAGGCCGCCUUGAAGAAGGGAGCUUGGAGGCACAUCCAACAGAGCUCAUAGUUGCUGCGCAGCUGCUAGAGCUCAUUGAACGCCAGAGCGCCCGCAGAUUCAUCAUCCAUUGCGGAAAGGAAGACGGGAUUCUGAUCUGGGUCUUUAAUCCUGAUAUGCGGUUCUCCAAUUCCAGCUCCCAGCAUAGCAUCACUUCCCAACGGGCCAUGAAAGUCUUCUUUCAACCCACUGCUGAUGUUGAGGCGAUACUGCAUCCCGAGCCCGGGAAGACAUCGUCCCUAUCCCUAGAAGAACUCAGACUUCCUUUGGAGACGUAUGCUUCUCUCAUAACUGCACUUGAGACAAGAAAUGCAAUGCUUCCUCCUUCGGCAAGAUUCUUCCAGAGAAGUUGGCGGGUAGGGAUUUUGCAGCGGUUCGAGAGGUUGAAACGGGCCUGA